GUAAAAAUAAUAAAUAAUUUAGAUUUACACGCAUAUCUUUCUUCACUCUAAAUAUACUCGUACUGUGUGUACUGGCUUACGUAAUGCAAAAAAGGUUAAAAAAAAAGUAUUACUUAACCUUGCGAGUUAAAAAAAUGAAUAUGUAUGAAAUUUGUGACAAGCGAAAAAAUUCGCCGCGAGAUAUGUAAUUGGAUUCGUGAAAGAGUACACUUUGGCGUCUUCAUUCUUGAUUAAUAAUCAAAUACAUAGCUGAUUGUUGCGUGUGUACAUAAAUAGGGAUUUUCACAAUGACUGAGCAUGCAUAUUAAAAAAACGAUUAUACAUUCUCAGUGAAGCAUCAAGUUAUUCAACACGAAGCAACGAGACGUUUAAAAAAAAUCUGUAGACAUGGCUGGAAUGAAGUCCAAAAAACCCAGUGCUCUCUCGAAAUUUUAUCUGGCGUCGUAUAAUCUCGGACAGACUUUGGGAUGGAGUUACAUAUUGUAUCAAAUUAUACAACAUUAUAUUAAUCCUUCUCGUGAAACCUUGUGGGAUAAAACAGAGCUAGCUGUAAUUAUUUUCCAAAAUGCAGCUGUAUUAGAGAUAUUACAUGCAGCAACUGGACUGGUACCUUCCAAUGUUAUAAUCACAACAUUCCAAGUUUUCAGCCGUGUAAUGGUUGUAGUCGGAGUCAUCUUAGCUACUCCUUAUAAAUAUGCUGCUGCAUCUCCAGGACUUCCUCUAGCUCUCCUUGCAUGGUCUAUCACAGAAAUCAUUAGAUACUUUUAUUACUUUGCUCAUCUUGUUAAUUUUGUGCCACAUAUACUGGUCUGGCUCAGAUAUACCAUGUUUAUUAUACUGUAUCCAAUUGGUGUAACUGGUGAAUUAUUAUGUUUUUAUGCUGCUGUACAAUAUUCUAAUGCUAAUCCUGACUCAUGGAGUUACGUUUUGCCAAACAAAUGGAAUUUCACAUUUAGCUAUUUGUAUAUUCUAAUAACAGUUAUGUUAGCUUACAUACCACUUUUUCCUCGUCUUUAUAUGCAUAUGUUUGUCCAAAGGCGCAAAAUUCUCAAUCCCAAUGCUGUGGCUAAAAAAGUUCAUUAGCUUUAAAGUUUAUAUAUAUAAAAAAAUAAAAAAUAUAAAAAUAGAUUGCCAUAUAUAAAUUUCUAUAUAAAUAUAUAUGUAUAUAGGUGAAAUGUGAAAAGUGGGAAAAUUUAUUUUGUACUAAAU